GGGGCAUUUGGGGAAUUGUAGUCAGCCUAGGAGAGUAGCUGCUUAAUCAGUGUGGCGUGGGUCUGUAGCUUAAGAGAAGAUGAAUGGGAAACGGCCAGCUGAGCCUGUUCCCGGCCGGACCGGGAAAAAGGGAAAGAAGGAGGUGAUAGCGGAGUUUUCGGACGCUGUCACGCAAGAAACCUUGAAAAAGCAGGUGUCUGAGGCCUGGAGCCGCAGGACGCCGUUCCGUCACGAGGCCAUUGUCAUGGACAUGGAUCCCUUUCUUCACUGCGUGAUCCCAAACUUCAUCCAAAGCCAAAACUUCUUGGAAGGGCUUCAGAAGGAACUUUUGAACUUGGACUUCCAUGAAAAGUAUAACGAUUUAUAUAAGUUCCAGCAGUCUGAUGAUUUGAAGAAGAGAAGGGAGCCUCACAUCUGUGCUUUAAGGAAAGUUCUGUUUGAAGAUUUCCGGACUUGGCUUGCUGACAUUUCCAAGAUUGACCUGGAAUCAACUAUUGACAUGUCCUGUGCUAAAUAUGAAUUCUCUGAUGCCCUCCUCUGCCACGACGACGAGCUGGAAGGGCGCCGGAUCGCCUUCAUUCUUUACCUGGUUCCUCCCUGGGACAGGAGCUUGGGGGGCACCCUGGACCUGUACGAUGUUGAUGAACACUUUCAGCCGAAGCAGAUCGUCAAGUCUCUUAUCCCUUCAUGGAACACACUGGUUUUCUUUGAAGUGUCUCCAGUAUCCUUUCACCAGGUGUCUGAAGUCCUAUCUGAAGAAAAGUCGCGUUUGUCUAUAAGUGGCUGGUUCCAUGGUCCUUCACUGACCCGGCCUCCCAACUACUUUGAACCUCUCAUACCCCGGAGCCCUCACAUCCCACAAGAUCAUGAAAUUUUGUAUGAUUGGAUCAACCCUACUUAUCUGGACAUGGAUUACCAAGUUCAAAUUCAAGAAGAGUUUGAAGAAAGGUCUGAAAUUCUCCUAAAGGAGUUCCUUAAGCCUGAGAAAUUUGCAGAGGUCUGCGAGGCUUUGGAGAAAGGAGACGUGAAAUGGAGCAGCCGAGGUCCCCCUAACAAAAGGUUUUAUGAGAAAGCCGAGGAGAGCAAGCUUCCCAACAUUCUGAAGGACUGCAUGGAAUUAUUCCGCUCCGAGGCUCUGUUCUUGCUGCUCUCCAACUUCACAGGCCUGAAACUUCACUUCCUGGCCCCUUCAGACGAAGAUGAGGUGGAGAACCAAAAAGAGGGAGAAGGAGCCUCUGCCACCGAUAACACUGAAGAAGGGACAAGCCAUAGCUCCCCUGAGCCAGAGAACCAUCGGACGGCCUUCCGCAACAACAGCUGGCAGAGCAAGGAACAGCCAGACCCAGACUCGGAGGAAAAUGAAGCAAAGCAAGACUCAAGUGUUCCUACAUGCCAGGGGGAACUGAGGCGUUGGAAGACCGGUCACUACACUUUGAUCCAUGACAACAGCAAGACGGAAUUUGCCCUGGACUUACUUCUCUACUGUGGCUGUGAAGGCUGGGAGCCAGAAUAUGGUGGAUUUACCUCCUACAUUGCCAAAGGUGAAGAUGAAGAGCUGCUAACAGUGAAUCCAGAAAACAACUCUUUGGCACUGGUCUACAGAGACAGAGAGACUCUGAAAUUUGUCAAGCAUAUUAACCACCGAAGCCUCGAACAAAAGAAAGACUUCCCCGAUAGAACCGGUUUCUGGGACUUUCAUUUGUCUAUUAUGAAUGACAGGGCUGGGCAGAGCUAGAGGAAAGAGACCCUUCUUCGGGACCGGGAGGCACGCAGGAGCCACAAGGUGACCUGUGUAACGGUGUCCUUAAAAUCUGUGGGUGGUAGGACUCAUCAUCACUGUCCUCAAUCUAGACCUUGAGCUUGGAGCCAGGUACCUCUCUCUUGAUUAAAAAAAAAGGCUUUGUCUUUUUUUUUUUUUUUAACAUUCAUUUUUCCUUUUCCACAUGACCUUCUUUAGUGAUUUUUACAAGUUUUGUGUGUGGUAAAAUAUACACGAUACAAAGUGUACCAUUUUAACCAUUUUUAAAUGUACACUUCAGUGACAUUCAGUACGUUCACGUGGUUGUGCGCGCGUCACCACCAUCCAUCUCCAGAACCUUUCCCAGACUGAAGCUCUGUCCCCAUGAAGAGUAGCACCCCCUCCCCUCGCUCCCCCGGCCCCUGACAGCCCCCAUUCCACUUCCCGUCCGUCUGCAGAAGUGGAACAAUAUUCGUCCUCUUGUGACUGGCUUAUUUCAGCAAGCAUGAAGUCUUCAAGGUUC